GACAGCCGAAUCGACCGCCGCUGCCACCGCCCAACACGAGGACGAAUUAAUACCUCAACCUCCUCUCCCCCGGCGCGGCUUCCGACAACUGUCGCAGGCUCGCAGCUUUUCCUGGCCCUUCUUCCCUCCGCAGUCCCCACCCGCCCUCCGAAAUAACGAUACUGCCCUCCCGUUACACGCUUCCCGAGGCAGAGCCUCCGUGCUGACCUCUCCGCCAGUCCGUGACGCCCGCCGCUCACUCGCCUCACAGCGCCGAUGGCGCCCAUCCCCCGCCCGCUUAUUUACCCUCGUGCCGCUCCCCCGCGCCUCCCCGUGCCCAGGCCCAGGCCCCCGUCCUCGAUUCUUCCGAACCCCGGGUUUAGGGUUUCGACGGGGUAGUCGUAAAGGUGUCAUCUUUAUUACUGCUGCGGUCAGCUUCUCUGCUCUCGUAUGCUAAGAGAUUCAAGUUUUCGGGAGCAACGUCAUGCCCUUUGAGGAUGUGGAAAGGUGGUGCAUUUGCUUCUUAAAGAGCACGAAAUGUGAACUAAGUGGGUUUCCGAACGCUUUAAAAGAUGGCCGAGGCAAGAAGGCAUUCUGUAGAUAUCCCGCUUUCAAGAACUCUGGUGGCUCUCAGGAGGGUCCGAUCGUUGAGAGAUCCUGAUACGAGCUCGCUGAGCAAAAUUGCUGCGUUGGUUGACAAUAUGAAUCUGGAAACAAGCUCGUGCGGUAGUAGUGCAACAUUUGGAUCUAGCAAUAACAAGCACGAUUUGAGGCAUAAGGGGAGUUAUCAUUGGGAACGAAGAAGAAUAGUAGAUUUAGGAAUUGACAGUGAGUCUGAUAACAAUUGUUUGGCUCCUGAUAGUUACAUUGCUAAGAGCGGAUUGGCAAAGCGCUCAGCUAAUGACACACGAGUUCAAGAAUCUUGUGGUGGCCAUAUGAACAGGUCUUACGACUCGAAGUGUGUUCAUCGUUGUACUAGUCAAUUAGAAAAGGAACUAGAUUCACAGCAUGGUAGGGAGUUUGAACAGUUUGAGAUGAUAGGUUUUUCAUCUUUAAAACAAACUAGAUAUGAUGCCUUGAGAAGAUCAUAUACAAGCAAAGGAGAUGUUUUUAUGCGCAAUCCUGGGAUUCCUUGGGCUUGUGCUAAUGAAACUUGUACAAGUGCUUUAGGCCAUAAAUUGUUAGGGCCUGCAACCAAAAAUGUUGACCAUGUUCUUCCCAACAACAAUGGAUGUCAAGUCAGUUGUUGCUGGUCUAGGGUACCAAAGUUCCAUGAUCUAAAACUUCCUUCUGAUGUGGAAGGUCAGGAAUUUCAGUUGAAUUCUCAGAUAAAUAAAGAAUUAGAUCACCAUGUAAGUGCUUCAUAUCAUGAUAGUGUGAUGAAUUUAAGUGAGAAAUAUAGGCCGAAAUCAUUUCAUGAGCUGGUAGGACAGAGUGAGGUAGCUCAGUCUCUUCUUGAUACCAUUUUGAAAGGAAAAAUAGCACCUAUAUAUCUUUUCCAUGGUCCUAGGGGUACAGGUAAGACCUCGGCAGCAAGGAUCUUUGCUGCUGCUUUGAAUUGCCAGUCUUGCAAGGAACAAUGGCCAUGUGGAUGCUGCCAGGAAUGUGUACUUGUCUUCUCUGGAAGGAGCAGGGAUGUCACAGAAUUAGAUGCUUCAGAAACAAAUCAUAAAGAUGUGUUGAAAGUCCUUUCUGAAAGUGCUCUUGUUCCAACUUCCUCAUGCUACAAAAUCUUCAUUAUUGAUGAGUGCCAGUUUCUGCAAAGGAAUAUAUGGUCUGCCAUUUACAAGAGUAUCAAAGACCUUUCUCGACAAGUUGUCUUUAUUAUGAUUACGUCUGACCCGGAUAAACUGCCUAGUGGCACUCUAUCUUGGUGCCAAAGGUAUCACUUCCUGAAUGUAAAGAGUGAUGAUAUAGUUGGAAGGUUGAAAAAAAUAUGCCUAGAAGAAAAAUUGGAAUUUGAAGAAGAUGCACUGAUUUUUCUUGCUACUGAAUCCAAUGGUUCUCUUCGUGAUGCAAUCACCACCCUUGAUCAGCUGGCUUUGCUUGGAAAGGGGAUAAUCACAUCUCUUGCAUAUGAACUAAUGGGAAUUAUAUCUAAUGAUGAAUUGCUUGAUCUGUUACAUCUGGCGCUUUCAUCAGACACUUCUGGUACUGUUAGAAGGGCUAGGGAGCUUAUCAGCUCUGGAAUUGAUCCCAUGCAAUUAACAUCUCAGCUUGCAAAGUUUAUCAUGGAUAUUCUUUCUGGUGGAUGUCAAUUAGAGCCUUCCAGAUUCAUUGCUGAAGCUGAUAAAGAAAAAUUGAAGCAUGGGCUGAAAAUACUGGUUGAAACUGAAAAGCAGUUAAGGACUUCAAAAGAUCAAUCCACAUGGCUUACUGCUGCACUUCUACAGUUUAAUACUGGAGAAUCACUUCCCCCAACAAACAUGAACCCUUUGGAGGCACCUGAAAAAGUUUCAUACUCAAGAGAUGAUGGGCCACCGACUGUAGCAUCACCAAAGGAGAGUUUGAAAAGUGCCAUUACUGUAUGCAACCAUCAUAUCUCUAGCUCUAAAUCACAUUAUGAUGCGGCAAGAGAACUAGAAGACAUAUGGAGGAGAACCAUCGAAAAUUGCCAGUCAAGUUCACUUAAAAGGUUCUUGUGGAAGGAGGGAAGAUUGUCAUCAGUCCAUGUGUGUGAAGGUCUGGCUAUUGCCGAACUCGAAUUUUGUCAUCCUGAUCAUGUAUCAAGGGCGGAAGAAUCCUGGGAACUAAUUAUAGGUUCUCUUCAAACUGUUCUUGGAUGCAAGGUGGAUAUUAAAAUCAGUCUUGUCCCAAUAAAUAGGACAGCCAAAAAGAAGUCAUCAAUCAGUUUGUUUUGCUGUACUGGUAGAAAGCAACAAACAUCAGAUUUAACUGUGACAAACAAAAAGGAUUCCCUUCUGCCUGGAACAAAAGAGGAGACAAUUGAAUUUUGUUCAUCUCAUCAUAAAGAAGACUUAUGUAUUAAGCAGCAGUUGCAUUUUAAUACCAUGUAUAGUUCAAAUUCCUUUGAUCAAAAAGUAGCAAAUACAAAUGCAAGUAAUGGUUAUGCUCUUGUCACUGGAAAUACCAUGGUCAGUAGAACAGUACAAGACGGUCUAUCCAAAGAAUGCAAAGAAGAAACUGAUCCAUCAAUGGAAGUGUGUGAAGGGGGUCAAUACGUGAACAUCCAAGGAACUGAAGAUCAACCUAGCUGCUUUUGUUGCACUCUAAAGUUUUCAAGGUCUUUUUCAGCUAAUGCAGCUCAUGCCACCACUCUGAGGAUCAAACAACUUGACAAGCUGAACUUGUUUAAUUCCAAGAAAUCAUCUUCUGAAGAAAAUUUUUGCACAGAUGAUCCCUAUCUUUUCUGCUCUGAUACAAAUGAACAAGAUACCUAUAAUACAGAAGAGGACAAUGGACCAAGUACAGGUUCAAGUCUCUGUUCAAGACUGUAUUGCUGCAGAGCUUCAAUGCCUGUGGAGAAGGCUGGGCCGAAGAGGCAACAGGACGGUAGGCCUCGGUUGGUUGGCGCGCUAUGGCCAUGUGCAGAGCAAGCAUCACCCGAGACUGCUACAGCAGAGCAACUUUCUCCAGCUCUGAAGCAGAAGGCCAAGCGAAGGCCAUAAUCUUGACCGAGGGAGGGAGGGACGGUGAGUUAUGAUGCAGGAUUUCGCUCGUAGAUGAAAGAAAGAUGGGGAAAUGCUUUGCUCGUGACGGAUAUGUACUUGAUGAUCUUGUUUGAUGACGGACACUUGAUGAUGUUAUUCGAUAGAGGUGUAGUCAGCCAAUAUAAAAUGUGCGUUCAUUUCCUCCA